AUGGAUAAAUCGAUCACCGGCAGCAAUGAAUUCUGGACAACUGAUUGGGUGACGCAUGCGUUGAUUGAAGUUGGCUGGAGUGUUUUCCUCAACCAUCCCCAGCCGAGUGGUUGUUGGCGUGGAUUAGUCGAAGUAUCAAGUCUGCAGCGGGUUCACUUCUCCUUUGAAACAACCCAUGUGGAUGGAAUGGUCAACUUCUUGGUGUCCCUUUCACCUUUGAAAGAAGCGUGGAUGAAGAAGGCUAUCCAGAUCUUCCGGCGCAUUUCUGGCGCCUGCUCAUAUUUUCAUACAUUGAUCAGAUGGUUACCCGUUUACAUUGCGGCCCAAUGGUCGUUUCUGCAAGAGAUGCUGGGUGCAGACCGCCUUAAGCAGGCUUUCAAGCUUCCAAUGUUGUGA